ACACCACUACUCUCCCCUUUUGCCAUCAUCGAAGGACGAAAUCGAGCGAAGCCCGUGCGGCAGAUGGAAGCGAUGGGGUGGAGGGUGGCCCUCGGACACAACACCAGAAUUCCAUGCGUGGACGAACAAUGCGCCCUAAAUAUGACUUCUGAUUAUUACCUUGGAAUGACAGGAAAUGGGCAACUUACGCACCAGAGUUCCAUCAACCUUCGUAAUCUUCUGAUGUUCAUGCUGAAAUUUGUUAUGCCGUUACCGCAACGACAGAGGAUUUCAGUCAACCUUUUCUAGUAUUCCAUGCAGUAAAAUUCGACCCUAAAGAAACUGUCAGAUUCUAACAAGAUGAUGCGGGAAAUUUGUCAGGACACGGUAUCCUGUAGGAUUUUCAACAGCAAAUUUCCAAGAUGUAUUUGAAAAAAGCUCUGAUAGAGGUAACGGUCAACAAUGGAUGUAGACUGUUGAGAUUUUUGCAAUCUUCACGUGUACUUGUUUACUUUGAAGUCUGAACGAUCCAAUUUUUUUUACAAAGAAUACUUAGAAGAUCAUCCGCCGUUGUUGUAACGGCAUCAUAAAUUUCAGCACAAACAACAGAAGAUUAGGAAGGUUGGUGAAGACCGUCUGGACUUCGCACUCUGAAGUGUGAGCUGCCAGUUUCCCAUCACCAUCCCAAGUUAAGCCACCAAUUAAAAGUCACAGCCCGAGAGUAUUACUACACAGUGUCUUGGAUCAUGCACUGUAAACGAUCAGAAGCGGCAAUGGCAACGAGGUGCCCUUCGACAGGCUGCAACUCUCCUAGUCCUGCGAGGUGAAGAGUGAUCGUCGGGUAAGGGGGUGACAUUUUCUCUUUGUUUUUCUCGACAUCAGGAUACCUUUUGAUUAAUCCAACAAAAUUCCUGUUUUGUUCCCAUGGUGUUGGGUGCUAAGUAUAAGUUCUGGGGAUGUCACUAGGAUAGCUCAUUUCCAGUUCUGUUUCUUGGUCUCUGUGCUACGUCCUAUAGCUGUUGUGUUGUAUUAGAUCGACUACUAGUUGCCUUCAAAAAAUACGGACAAGCUUUCAUAGUCAUAUAUCAUGUAAAUUGGGACAAACAGACUGAAAGUAUACCGUUGAAUUUUAAAGAUGGGACAAGAAUUGAAAAAUAAACUUGAUCCAUAAUUCCAUGCGUGGGUGGACAAUAUGCGAUAAGUGCGACUUCUGACGAUUACCUUGGGAUGACAGGAAAAUUGGGAGCUCACGCUUCAGAGUUCCAUCAACCUUUCCUAAUCUUCUUGUUAUAAAAAAAAACCUUUCCUAAUCUUCUGAUGUUCAUGCUGAAAUUUGUUAUGCCGUGGCAGAGGAUCUCAAUCAACCUUUUUUAGUAUUCUGUGCAGUAAAAAUCGACCCAAAGAAACUGUCAGCUUCUAACAAGAUGGUGCAGAAAAAUUGUCUGGACGCAAUACUGUUCUUUAGGAUUUUCUACAAAAAAAAAAUUCAAGAUGUAUUUUUAGAAAAGCGCCGUUGGGUAACGGUCAAUAAUGGAUGUAGAAUGUUGAAAAUUUUGCGUCAAACAGUACAUCUUUAGGUGUACCUGUUUACUUUUAGGUCUGAUGAUGUAAAUUUAAUCACUACACAUAAUACUUAGAAAAGGUAGAUUGAGAUCUUCUGCGGUUCUGCCGUUGCUGUCGUCAUAACAAAUUUCAACACUGACAUCAGAAGAUUAGGAAACUUGAUGGAGAUCGUCUGGACUUGGCACUGGGAAGUGCCCAUCAUCCCAAACUAGUCACCAAAAGUCACAGCCAGAGAAUACUACACACCGUCUUGGAUCAUGCACUGCAUCCACGCAUGGAAUUAUGUACAUCAAGUUUAAUUUUCAGUUCUUGUCCAUCUUUAAUUUCAAUGUAAUACUUUUUGUCUGGUUGACAAAGUUUACAUGACAGAAGACUACAGAAAGGUCGCUCGCAAUCGCACAUCGAUGUUCAAGUUAAUCUAAAUCAAUGUUUUUGUCUGCGACACAAGCAAAACUACGACACAUUAGCUUAGACAGAUAAAGCUGGAUGCCUGGAUCAAAGCUGUGUUCUAGAGCUAACCUAACAAAAAGAAAGGCCGACCGGUCCUUAGAAAACUAUAUGCGAUGCUGAGAGUCCUCUGACUGAUAAAUGGGCGAGUAGAGUAAGAAGUCCGGAGUUGCUCAACUAUAAAAACAUUCAUACAUGCACCUGCUUAUGCCAGCCAUUUUUCAUGAGUCAUGAUCAUGUCUGGCAUAAAGCAUCUCUCCUUUCUGCUACUCAAGCUACUACUCUCUCUUGGCCUUAGCGUGGUACCACCCUUCGUCGCCGCCGAUGAGCACCAGUUCAGCUACUCCGGCUUUUCUAACACUAACCUCACCCUCGACGGUGUGGCCUCGGUCACACCCAACGGGUUGCUUAUGCUUACCAAUGGCACGUCCCGGAGCAUGGGCCGCGCCUUCUAUCCUGAACCGCUGCGCUUCCGCAAUUUGUCCGAUGGGGCUGUGCAGUCCUUCUCCGCCUCAUUCGUCUUCGCCAUGGUCUCCAUAUACAAGGACUUGAGCAGCAACGGCAUCGCCAUGUUCAUUGCGCCGAGCAAGAAUCUGUCCACGGCGAUGCGGAUGCAGUACUUGGGUCUUCUCAGCAAUCAGAAUGACGGCAAUCAAACAAACCACAUCUUCGCAGUCGAGCUAGACACCUUCCAGAACUGGGAGCUUCAAGACAUGAAUGACAACCAUGUUGGUAUUGACAUCAACAGUCUCCGCUCCAUACAAUCCCAUGAUGCUGGCUUCUACCAUGACAAGAAUGGCACCUUCCAGAGUUUGAGUCUCGAUAGCCAAGAGGUGAUGCAGGUGUGGGUGGACUACCAUGGAGACAAGAUGCAGAUCGACGCCACCAUGGCUCCUAUCGGCAUGGCCAAGCCUACAAGACCAACAGUAUCAGCCAGUUACAACCUCUCAAGUGUGCUCACAGAUGUGGCAUACAUCGGCUUCUCAUCUGCAGAAGGCAAGAUAACAAAGCAUUAUGUGCUUGGUUGGAGUUUUGGCAUAAAUAGUCCUGCUCCAGCUAUCAAUCUCACCAUGCUGCCAAAACUACCCCUUGGUCCUCGUACCAAGGGUCGACGCCGUCUCCGGGUAUUGGAGAUCAUUCUACCACUAGCAACGGCAGCACUCAUCCUAUCUCUGGCUGCCGUUGUUUCCCUUCUUGUGUGGCGGCAUUUCAGGUAUGCAGAAGUACGUGACGACUGGGAGGUUGAAUUCGGCCCACACCGCUUCUCGUACAAGGAUUUGUUCCGUGCAACAGAGGGAUUUGACAACAAAAACCUCCUAGGGUCUGGAGGAUUUGGAAGAGUAUACAGAGGAGAGCUGUCAAGGUCCAAACUAAGGAUAGCUGUGAAGAGGGUGUCGCAUGACUCCAGGCAAGGCAUGAAGGAAUUCAUAGCAGAAAUUGUCAGCAUUGGUCGCCUUCAGAAUCCAAAUCUGGCGCACUUACUUGGCUAUUGCAGGCGUCAAGGUGAGCUCCUGUUAGUGUAUGAGUACAUGCCCAAAGGAAGCCUCGAUAAGUACUUGUAUGGUGAAGUGGAAAGAUCCACAUUAAGUUGGGACCAAAGGAUUUGGAUCAUCAGGGGCAUCGCAUCUGCACUGAUUUAUCUCCACGAGGAGUGGGAGAAAGUAGUUGUCCAUCGUGACAUCAAGGCAAGCAACGUGCUCCUUGAUGAUGAGUUGAAUGCACGGUUGGGUGAUUUCGGUCUAGCAAGGUUGUAUGACCAUGGUGUUGAGCAAGAAACUACACGCGUUGUUGGCACCAUUGGAUACAUUGCUCCAGAGCUAGCACGCACGGGCAAGGGUACUCCUCUUACCGACGUAUUUGCCUUUGGUGUAUUUAUUCUGGAGGUCACUUGUGGACAAAGGCCUAUCAUGCAGAACACACAGGAUGAGCAGGUCAUGUUGGUUGACUGGGUGCUUGAGCAUGUGCAACAAGGAUCACUAGCUGAUGCAAUCGAUCCGAGGCUUAAAAGGCAGUACAAUGUCAGCGAGGCAUAUCUGGCGCUGAAGCUAGGACUAUUGUGCUCACACCCAUUUGCAUGUGCAAGGCCUAGCAUGCGGCAAGUGAUCCAGUACCUAGAUGGGCAUAUUGAACCACCAGAGCUACCAGCACACCUGAGCUUCCAAGCACUGGCCUUGAUGCAAAAUGAAGGAUUUGAUUCAUACGUCAUGUCAUAUCCUUCAUCAAAGAGCGUUGGCACGAUAUCAAGCAUUUCAGGAGGAAGAUGAGCCCUAUGUUUGAUAUUGCACAUGUAACGUAAUGAGGCAUGUACGCACAUUCUUACCUUCGAUAGCUAGAUCCGUUGCCUCAUGAACAAGAUUGAUAGGUCUGGUAGAAUGAUAAGUACCAUCUGAAUAAAGAGUUUAUAAUAGGAGGCUCACCUCAGCUGCAGAGCUCUAUCAAGUCUGUAAUAGUAUAAAUUACAUAGUUCUGUGGUUUCUUCAUAAAACGUUUUGUGAUUGCUUAUUCUUCGUGAAUCCGAAUAUUUAUCCAUCUGUUCCUCAUGACAUCUUCUUGCAUUUGUUCCUCUAUUACCUGGUGAUAGGUAGACAGAUUGAAAUUGAGUUGUCAAAAUUCGGGAAGGGCAUUUGCACUACUGGCACUACAAAACAUGUGUGGCCACGACGAACGGCCCCUCCAAUUGUGUGUGCUUUUUACAAGAGUUUGUCUCUCCGUGCUUCUAGACCAUUGGAUCCAAAUCCAAUGGCACCUGCAUCUCCUUCCUUCUCUGGACAUCAGCUCCGUCCUAGCUUAGGAAUGGUUAAGGGAUCAGGAGCAGCUCCACAUCGUUGACAAGCUAGCUCUCCUUGUCCCAGGAACAACACUGGCGCUCCCUCCCUCUUCUAUCCGCCCCCUUUCUUUUCCUCCUUGGCCUAGGCGUGCACGCUAGGGUCACGCGCAGCAAACUUAACCCAUACUAGCAAAGAAAUGCUCAACAGUGGCUAAUUUAAGGCUGCAGGUGCAAUACUCCAUGUAUUAUUGGUGGUGGAUUAGAAGAGGAACAACAUUUAACCAGUGAUAAGAGCAUGAAAGAUGAAAUGAAAUGUACAUUAGCAUUACAUAAAGUAGAUGCACUUAAUUAGCAGGCACU